GGAGUCGCGCACCGGGUAUUUCGUUCCACCGCAACUCGAACCCACAAUAAUGGCAAUUGCUCCCGUCGAAGCCUUCAAGGGUGUCAUUGGCACCUCUGAUGCGUCCGCCCUCCUUACUCUCCUUCUCUCCCUCUUGGGUGGAUUCACUGCGAUUGGGUUGGCGAUGAGCUACUCCCAGUUGAUCCUUGAUUUGUUCGUCCUCAGCGGCAAGAACCUCAAGAAGUACGGCGCCGGCAAGAAGUCCUGGGCCGUCAUCACCGGUGCCUCAGACGGUAUCGGCCGCGAAUUCGCUCUACAGCUCGCCAAGGCCAAGUUCAACAUCGUUCUUGUCUCCAGAACCGAGUCCAAGCUCCACGCUGUCGCCGAGGAGAUCGAGGGCAAGUUUGGUGUCGAGACGAAGGUUUUGGCGAUGGACUUUGCGAAGAACGAGGAUAAGGACUAUGACCGCCUUCAGGAUUUGAUUUCUACUUUGGAUGUUGGUGUGCUAGUCAACAACGUUGGACAAUCUCACUCCAUUCCUGUUCCCUUCACUCUCACUCCUCUUCAAGAGAUGAAGAACAUUAUCAACAUCAACUGUCACGGUACUCUCCGCAUCACCCAGAUCGUCGCUCCCCGCAUGGUCGAGCGCAAGAAUGGAUUGAUCCUCACCAUGGGUUCCUUCGGUGGUCUCCUCCCCACUCCCCUCCUCGCAACCUACUCCGGCUCAAAGGCUUUCUUGAACUACUGGAACCAGUCCAUCGCCGCUGAGCUCGCUCCCUCCGGUGUCGACUGCUACUUGAUCAAAUCCUACCUCGUGACCUCCGCCAUGUCCAAGAUCAAGCGUGCUUCUAUGACGAUUCCGUCGCCUAAGGCUUUCGUUGCUACUGCGUUGGGUAAGAUUGGGUUGAGGGGUGGUGCUGCUACUCCGUUCACUAUGACGCCGUACCCGGCUCAUGCAUUCAUGAACUGGGGAUUGGAGUGGUUGCAGACUGCCACUGGUGCUUGGGGAAAGAAGUUUGUGCUUGAGCAGAACUUUGACAUGCAUCGUGCUAUCAGGAAGAGGGCUUUGAAAAAGGCCGAGAGGGAUGCGAAGAAGCAGUAAGCUGGACAUUCUGGGAAAAGUUAGGUGAAGAUUUGCUGCGGACAUUGAAGGUGUGAAGCAGAACUGAAUGGCACACGCAUGUCUCCAUAUCUAAUGCAUAUAAGCCGAAAAGAAAGACAAAGAAGAAAACAAUCGCAAUUAGAAGCUUAGCAAUUUCUCCCAUCGACGUGCG